UCAAAGCCGUCUAUAAUCUAGCCACACAGAGGAAGCCAUCGAUGCAUCGACCAAUGCUACGUUUGUUUACACUCCGCGCAUUCAAACGUGGCAUUUAUCGCUAGUUAAACGGGAGCCAUCAAGCUUCUACUGGUGGCAAAAUGACUGGAAGGCUGUUAGCGCGCGAAACGUGCGGGCCUGACAUUCAGCAAUCGUACGUCAAGUUCGAGAACAGCGAUAAGCUGUACGUCGUCAAGCGGUGGCCUCGCAAGUGGUCGUCACUGAAGGCGUGUUUCAGCGAAAUCUUUCUACCUGUUGGCUAUCCGGACAGCGUGAGUCGUGAUUACACAGAAUAUCAAAUAUGGGACAGCAUACAAGCGUUCGCAAGCAGCAUUACAGGAACACUCGCCACUCAAUCUGUGUUGUCCGGCGUUGGAGUCGGGGACCAAGGUGCAUCAGUAUUAGCUGCGACCACUACUUGGAUUCUCAGAGAUGGCACUGGCAUGACUGGACGAAUCCUCUUUGCCUGGUUUCAAGGCUCAAACCUUGACUAUGACUCGAAGAAGUGGAGGCUCUUUGCAGACAUACUGAACGACGUCGCCAUAUUCCUGGAGCUCAUGUGCCAGUAUAUGAAGGGAUACGUGACGGCCGUGCUUUGUGUGUCGAGCGUUGCCAAGUCUAUUGUGGGGGUGGCUGGAGGAGCAACUCGGGCUGCGCUCACUCAACACCAGGCGCGCAAUAACAACAUGGCCGACGUAAGCGCCAAGGAUGGCAGCCAGGAGACCCUGGUCAACCUUGCUGCUUUCCUCUUCAGCCUGCUUCUGCUCAGGAUCGUUGCUGGGAACCCAUGGUUACUCUACAGCAUCUUCAUUUCUUUCACACUUCUGCACAUCUUUGCAAACUACCGUGCUGUGUCGUGCGUCGUGAUGGAGACCUUCAACCGAUCUCGUUAUGCCAUCGUGGUCAGACGCUUCUUGGAAACAGCUGGAGACAUUGCUCCCAUUGUCUGGGUUAACGCCCGUGAGUCGGUGUGGAUUCAGUGUGGAAAACCAUUUGUCAACAUCAACUUUGGUGUGCCUCUGUCCUCGAUCGCAUCGACCAACAAAGAACUCGAGCGCAGACUUGAAUCUGCUGCCGGUGACCGGAAAACAGAGCCCACGUACUUGCUUGCUGUCGUACGAGACUCGUCCCGGCACUACAACAUCAACGUUGUGCUGUCAAGUGAGAGCACCGUGAAAGAUCACAUGGAGGCCAUGUUCCACGCCUUUUUGCUCGAGGCUAUCCUGCUGAAAUUGAGGGUCAACAUGGAACAUCCGUGGGCAUCAGACAUUGCAGAUGUGGAGAAUGCUGCGGAAGACCUUUCCAGUGAUGACCACAGGCUGUUUCAGUCUUCGAGGGCAAUGGUGAACAAGUGCUUUCCACUGCUCUGGAAAGCUCUUGAAGCUUCGGAGUGGGAGACUAGCCGAGCUCUGUUUGGGGCAACAGAGUGGAGGGUGACAUGGUGUGAGGGUGAGGCAGUUUCACCGGGAGACACUGUACAUACCAAGCAGUUGUGAGGGACUGCAUGUCACAUUUUUUUUUUUUUUGUGGAGUACCGGUGGUGGAAAGGUGGGCUUUGCUUUCUCCUUUUCCUGUGAUUGACAACAUGCCAUGUGUGGCGAUAAAACUACAAUCUUUUAAUACUGUGACCAUUUUUCUUAAUGUUAAGGACCAUUUUAUGUGAACAUUGCAAUAUUUGUCUAUUUUGUUAAAUGCAUCAGAAAUGACACUAGACAUCUGUGAUCCCUGAGAAAUUGUUAUAUUAAGUGACUGGGGGGGACGGGGGUGCAGCAUAAAAGAUUCUUUUACCUUGGGUUUGAUAAAUAUUGGGUUAUCGAGCUUUUUUUUCUUGGUAUCUCUCAUUCGUGUGGCAUCAAUCAUCAUCUUGGGUACUUGUCAGAAGCUUGUGCUUAGCACAUUCUUCUGAUUAAUGAUUUGCCACACGAUUCCUAGUCCAAGUCAGACAUGCCACAUUUAUUGUGCUAUAGAUGUGAAACCACUAUAAGUGCUUGGCUAAUAUUAGUGCGAUACUAGCACACUGGGAAUACAUUUAAAAUAAGUAUUUUUGCAUACUGUUGCAAAAGUUGUCAUUCAAUUUAGUUGUCUAAGUGUCAUACUUGGAUCAUUGGGAAGUUUUAAUGGCAGGAAUAAAAUGUUGUUGUCUGAAAA